CAGACUUAUUGAACCUUGUGUAUUUACGUUUGUGGCUGUUAAAUUAAAUGGUAAAGUAAUUGUAUAAGCUGAUCCUGUAGAUGAUUUAGCCAUAGAAUUAAAUCUCAUGUUUCCUGUUACUGAAGAUAAAGAUGACACCAUAGUAACUGACAUGAUGGGAUAGUAAAAUAUAUUAAAAAAGAUCACCAUGGCAACCAUCCCUGGAUCAGCUGGAUUGCCCUUGCUUGGUGACAGAUCAUAUGACUUCUAUAAAGACCCAGUGAGGUUUAUGGAGAAAAACAUCAGUUACUACAAGAACAGAAAUUUUAUUGGAAGGUUUCUGAAUAAAUCAACAGUGUUUGUUGGAUGCAACAAAACUUUGAAAUGUUUACUGACAGAAGAGGCAGAUAACCUGGAUCUUGGAUAUAAAAUGUUCAUGGGAGAUAUCUAUGGUGACAACAUUUUGUUUACUGAUGGUUUGGACAUGGUAUCCUUACGAGAAUCUUUACUCCUACUGUUUACCCCUGAAGCUGUUUCUACUUAUCAAUGUACAAUCAAGCAUGUGGUGACAAACUUCAUACAAAAAAUAAAUACAAAGAAUCCUGUAUGUUUGUACCAAACAUUAAAGAGGAUGUGUAUAGAAGUUUGUCUUAGUUUGUUUCUUGGUAUUGAUUUUGAUACAAUGACAGAAUUGACAGAAACUAUUGUCUCCUUGACAACCACUCAUUGGCAUGGAAUAAUAUCAGUGCCAGUGAAUCUAAAACUUCCUAUCGGUGGAGCCUCUACUUUUAGUAAAGCUUUAGAUGCAAAGGCAAAACUACUUGAGAUAAUUGAAAACAAAAAGACAAGUACUAGUCGUCAUUUUCCAAAGAAGAUACAGGAAGUACCCAAGGGAGAUAAUGGAAUAUUUGUGAACAAUCAUCUGCUGUUAUUUACCUCUGCCUUGGUACCCAAAGCACUAUCUUCAUUACUUACAUCAUUCAUGAUAGAAAUGGCCAAGCAACAGGACCUACAAGAAAACAUUCUUACAGACAGAGGUUUAAGAGAAGUGUAUAUGUUAGAAGUGCAGAGAAUGUAUCCUCCAUUUUUUGGUGGCAGGAGAGUUAUAAAUAAGGAUGUUGAGGUUAAUAAACAGAAGUUCCAGAAGGGUAAUGCCAUUGUAUUUUCUACAUAUGCUACACACAGAGAUCCUGAGGUAUUUGAUGAUCCUCACCAGUUUCAACCACAACGAUGGAUAGAAAAAAAUAUAAAUGACAAAGACAAGUUAUUUUGCUUUGGUGCAGGACCUAGAUGUUGCUUAGGACAGAAAUUAGUUUGGUGUGUAAUUGAUACUAUCAUUGAUGAAAUGUUGACCAAAUUCAAAGUAUCAUUAAUUGAUGAACAAGAUCUCACUCAUAAAUGGUUACCAGUUUCCAGACCUAAAAAUGAAGUAUUGGUACAGUUUACUGAAAAAGAUACCAGUCAGUAGCAUUGAAGUACUGGUACAGUUUACUGAUAAGGACACCAGUCAGUUACAUUGACAGAGUGAUCCAAUGAAAUAACAGCAAUAAAUUUGAAAACAAUAACUAUAAAAUACUUUGGAGGUAUAAAAUGGUACCUUAAUUAACAUGUCUUUCAUAAUCAGGGAUACAUUGUAUAUAACAUUUUUUUCAAUAUUACAUACAUGUAAGUUUGAGGUACAUUUAUGGAUAUUUAAAAACAAUGAUUUCUCAUUAUGUUGAUAACUUUAGUUUGUGGAUGAUACUAGAAUGACAGAAAAUUCAAUAUAGCAAUACUUCAUGGAAAAUUAUUGGAGGAAAAAUGAUAGCAAUAAGUUGUGAGAAUGCAAUUAGAAAAAUUAUUAUUACAAUGGACUGAUUGAUUUUAAAUUUAAAAACAAAAAAAUAUUAUGUUAAUUUAUGGCCUACAUUCUACUAUUUUCAGUUUUAAAAAAAUGUUAAUAUACCGGUAUAUAAAAUCUACUUCUAUUUGAAAUGAGCAUUUGUAAUAAGUAAUGAAAAUAUAUUAUAAUUCAUAUAAAUGUGUCUCAAACUUACUCUUUGCACAUACAUUAGACAUUUUAUAGGACUGCAAACUUUUUGCUAAAUUUUGCGGUUGUAUAAUGGUAUUACGUUGUCGUGGUCGUCGUACGAAGACAUUGGUUUCCAAACAAAAACUUCAGUAUAAGUGUAUGGAUCUCUGAAAUUGUACCACAAGGUUCCAUACCACAAAAGGAAUGUUGGGAUUGAUUUUGGGGGUAAUUUUCCUAUCUAUAGGAAUGCAGGACCAAAAACAAGCAUUUUUCUUGUUUUAAGACAAAAACUUGUUUACAAGUGUAUGGAUGUCUAUGAAAUUGUACCUCAAGGUUCCAUACCUUAAAAGGAAGAUUGGGAUUGAUUUUGGGGGUUAUGGCCAAAAACGUUUUGGAAUUAGGGGCCUAAAAACAAGGAUUUUCUGGUUUCUGAACAAUAACUAUGGGUAUCUAUGAUAUUGUACCAUAAGGUUUCAUACCAAAAAAGUAAGGUUGGAAUUGAUUUUGGGGGGUAAGGACCCUAACCAUUUAGGAAAAAGGAGCCAGAAACAAUACUUUUCUGAUACUUUGUAUAAAUUGCUUAUUUCUUGACCAAUUUCAUUGGAGUUUAAUUCAAAGUCUUGAAUUUUUGGGGUUCGUUAAUAUGCUGAAUCUAACCAUGUAUUCAUGAGUGGAUAUUGGACCAUGAUAUGUAAAUGUCCAAUUUCAAAUUUCUAAGUUCUUAGAUCACAUUCAUUCUGUUUCAGAUACCUAUGCUGUGUCAAAUAGUUAAUCACAAUCCAAAUUCAGAGUAGUAUCAAUCUUGACUGUUGCCUGAAAUGCUCAGGGUUCGACAUCUGCGCUCAUAUCAAGCUGCCCACUGCGGAGCAUUUUAUUUUUAUUGUUAUUGUUAUAUUUUUAUUAUGAAAUAUUUAUAUCUGUUGUUUUUUCAUAAUUUAUAUGCAACUUAACAAAAAAAUGUAACUUAGCAGAUUAAGAACAAAAAGCUUUUAUUGUAGCAAUUUUUAAUUUUUUUAUAUAUACAUUUUUUUAUAAACCUUUUUUAUCCCCCUGCUCCAAAAGAGAGGUGUUUACUGUUUUAUGUGCGUCUGUUCUGAUGUCUGUUCAUUUCAUGACUAUAGUGAUGUAUGAAAUUUUUAUUGCAUUUUUCUUGGAACUACAAUUAAGAGCUUACUGAAAUUUAUUAUCAGACUUCAUGUGAACAUGCAUUCCUUGGAAUAGAUUCAUCGCUUAUCAACUUCCUUUUUUCUGAUUUCUUAAAGUGGUAUCAUAAGUGAGCAGUAGCUCACAGUUUUAUUUGUUUUACAAUCAAUUUUAACUAAAUGGCAUGUAUUGCAACUGCCAAAUGAAAUGCUGUUUAAUUCAUCUUUUUUUUGUGAUCUGUGAAGAAAAAAAAUGUUCAAAUUUAUUAUUAAGGCUGAAAAGGACAAAUGAAAGUCAACCCUUUAUAUCAAAAUUGUAUUUAAAUAGCCAUGUUAGAACCACAAUCAGUUUUACCUUGCGGCAAUAUUUGUUGAACAAAACUGGAGUUGCUCAGGUAUAUACCUACUACAUAAUUCCAUAUUCUUUAAUUUGGUCACAAGAACAUUCAAAUUAAGUUAGUUGUGAAUCAGUUGCUGUUGGAAGAAUUUAUCCAACAGAAAUAGCUCAAAUACUUUUACAAUCAUCUAAAUCAAAAUAACAUGUAAAUAAAUGGUUGAUCUAGUCCUAAUAAAUCAUAAACAUUCCAUUAUAGUGGUAAUCAUACAUAUUUUUUGUGGGAUAUAUGACUUUUUUUUUAUAAUUUUUAGUUAUUUAAUUAGCUAAUCAGAAUGGAUUUACUUUUUUAUCAUAUUAUAGAAUUGUGUAGACAUGUUUAGCAGAUGCACAAUUGUAUAUUUAAUUUUUGUUUUUUAUCACUAUUAAUUCUGUCCACAUACACAUAGACGUGACCACUUUUUUACCAGGCUCUUUUAUUAACAUAUUUAACUGCUGCAGGUCAGUCCAUGGCCAUGUGUUUCUUACAUGAAUAGGCAUUUGAAAAAAUCAAAGUUCUUGUGAGCACUGAAGGAUAAGAUUGCAUUCAUUUUGCAGUGGGAACUAAAAAUUAAACAUUGCAUUGUAUAAAUAAAUUGGAGAUUUCCUCCUUUGUCCAUAAUUAUAGUUGGUUAUACAACUACAACUAAUGACAAAGAAAGAUAAUUCAAUUUUAUUUAACUUUAACAAUGACAUCAUUUGUAUUUUUAGAACCGAUGCUACUUUCAUGCACCAUACACAUUUUAUGUAAUUUUCUUGACUAGUUUGGUUAUGCACAUAUACAUCAUUUGGUGACUUGAAUAUCUGAGUAUAUAUGCCAUUGAUAAAUUUCUUAAAAUGUUUAUGGAUAGAAUAGUAUAUAAUGUUGUGCCCAAUUCACUGUUUUUUUGUGGUCUCAAAAAAGUAGUGAUAAAGUCUGGAAAAUUGAUACUAAUCAAGCCACCCAGAUGAGCAAUCAUUAUCCCCAAAACCAGUUGAAGAUGCAUUCAUUGGAACAUGACAAUAAUGAUUCUUGCCUUAGUGUAACAUGUCUGUUUAUUCAGUGCAACACAUGUCUGUUUAUUCAGUGUACCAUGUGUUUGUUUAUUCAGUGUAUCAUUCAGUGUAACACUGUAACCUAUGUUUAUUCAGUGUAACAUAUGUCUGUUUAUUCAGUGUUACAUGUCUGUUUAUCCAAUGUAUUACAUGUGUUUAUUCAGUGCAACACAUGUUUAUUCAGUGUAUCAUACAUGUAUGUCUGUUUAUUCAGUGUAACACAUGUUUAUUCAGUGUAACAUGUCUGAUUAAUCAGUGUAACACAUGUUUAUUCAGUGUAACAUGUCUGUUUAUUCAGUGUAUCAUAUGUCUGUUUAUUCAGUGUAACUCAUGUUUAUUCAGUGUAUAUUGUGUAUGUUUAUUCAGUGCAUAAUUUUCUGUUUAUUCAGUGUAACACAUGUUCAUUCAGUGUAUCAUGUCUGUUUAUUCAGUGUAACAUAUGUUUACUCAGUGUAUCAUAUGUCUGUUUAUUCAGUGUAACAUGUUUAUUCAGUGUAACAUAUGUUUAUUCAGUGUAUCAUGUGUAUGUUUAUUCAGCGUAUCAUAUGUCUGUUUAUUCAAUGUAACAUGUCUGUUUAUUCAGUGUAACACAUGUUUAUUCAGUGUAUCAUAUGUCUGUUUAUUCAGUGUAUCAUGUGUAUGUUUAUUCAGUAUAUCAUGUGUAUGUUUAUUCAAUGUAAUAAGUAUGUUUAUUCAGUGUAUCAUGUGUAUGUUUAUUCAGUGUAUCAUGUGUCUGUUUAUUCAGUGUACCAUAUGUCUGUUUAUUCAGUGUAUCAUGUGUAUGUUUAACCAGUGUACCAUAUGUCUGUUUAUUCAGUGUAUCAUGUGUAUGCUUAUUCAAUGUAACAAGUAUGUUUAUUCAGUGUAUCAUAUGUAUGUUUAUCAAGUGUAACAGGUCUGUUUGUUAAGUGUAACAUUAUAUCUUCAAAAGUUUGUUAUUCAAUUAAUACUUAUAUUUAUAACUUCUGGUAAUUUUACUUAAAUGUUAAAAUGGUUAAUUGUUCAGCUGGCAUGUAUGAGUGAAAAAAAGGAACUAAAAAUCUAUUUUUUGUCAGUUAAAAGAGAGAUUUUGUUGGUAGUCAAUGAUUUUUAUACCAUUUAUUACAGUAUAAGAUUCAGUAAAUGGCCUUAGAUGGGAAUGAUCUGCAUUUAACAAAACCCCAAAAUGAUUCAGGCAUGUCCUAACAUGAGUUCAUGCAGUUAUUAAAUUUUGCACAACAUCUUUUUGAAUUAGGUUGUUUUCACAUCUUUUUACAAAUGGAAAGGGGCAUUCUAUAGGUUUAAGGCAAAUAUGUUAUGAAAAAUUCAAAUAUAUUACUGGCCAGUUACAAUCACCUGGCAUUUUAUGCAAUAACGAAUGCAAUGUUAAUUAAGGCUCACUGCUGUCUACUUAAUGCAAAUAUUUUUGAAUUUUUAUAGGUUGACUGGCAAACACACUUUAACAUCUAGACUUUAAAAAUAUGGAAGCAUUUUAGUUUUUACUGUUUUUGCUAGUCAAAACUUAUUUAAAGGUACUUUAUUUGCUAUUAAUAAGUCAAAGUUUAUUCAAAAAUAUCCGUUUUUUAUGUUUCUUAUCUUUGAGAGCUUUUUAUUAUCAAACUGUUUUAAGAUAUGUCUUUUUCUGAUUUUAUAGGUAUUGUACAAAUGGCAAUACUACUUAUGUAUAUUGUUUCAAGGUCAAGGGUCACAUAUGACAUAUCUUAAAGAAAUCAUAUCAAUGGAAAUUGAUCUCUACUUACAGAUUUGACCUUUUUUUAUGUAAUUCAUUUCAUGCUAGGAAAAUGUUGUCAAUUUUUUUUUUUUUACACAUUUGCACAAUAAAUAUAUUUAGAUAUUUUAAAAA